CAUCGCGUCUCGUUCCUAGUGAGUGACGAGCUCCCCAUGGAUAUGUUGUUAGGUAUGUACUACCUCUCUGUGGCACAGCCCCAAUUUGACUGGGACCGAAAAGUGGUCAAACACACUUUGCCAGGUGGAGGGAUUACCAGAUUGCACAAGUUCAAAGCUAGUAGUCUGAUCGAGUCCCAUGGAUGCAAGUGUGCAGCCGCGUUCUAUAACUAUUAUAAGCAAAAUGAGGAGGAGGGUAUGUACUUAGUUUAUGUCUCUGUUGCAUGCGAGCCGAUGAAAAUGCCGCCGAAGAUACAGGGAAUAGUUGCCAAGUACCCUAAUCUAUUUGAAGAGCCGACAGGGGUUGUAGAGAGGGAGGUCGUCCACACGAUAGCGAUUAUCCCAGGGUCUAGCAUCCCAAAGGGUAGGAUCUAUCGGAUGUCUCUAGGCGAGCUCGAUGAGCUUCGCCGACAUCUCAAGGAACUCGUAGAGAAGGGUUGGAUCCGGUCGAGUGUCUCUCCUUAUGGAUCUCCAGUACUAUUCAUACCUAAGAAGAACGAGGGUACACUUAGGAUGUGCAUUGACUAUAGGGGCCUCAAUGCCAUCAAUGUAAAGAACAAAGAGCCCCUACCACGCAUCGACGAUUUGCUUGAUAGAGUGCAAGGGUGUCGGUACUUCACUAAGAUAGAUCUGAAGUCCAGGUACCAUCAGAUUGCAAUCCUGCCCGAGGAUCAACACAAAACCGCAUUUCAAACCAGGUACGGUCUGUACGAGUUUGUGGUGAUGCCUUUCGGCCUUGCUAAUGCUCCUGGCACUUUUCAGCACGCUAUGAAUCGGAUAUUCCAUGACUACUUGGAUAAGUUUGUCAUCGUGUACCUCGAUGACAUACUUAUUUUUAGUAAGACUGUCGAGGAGCACGUUGCACAUUCAGACAAAAUCCUCAGUCUCCUACGACAACACAAGUUCAAGAUCAACGGUGAGAAGUGCGAGUUUGGCCGCACCCGUGUCUUGUACUUGAGUCAUGAGAUAUCCGCGGAAGGGUUGAAGCCCGAUGACGCGAAGGUGGCCAGCAUUCGUGAUUGGCCGCGUCCUCAGUCUGUGACUGAGAUGAGAUCAUUCUUAGGGAUGACCGGCUACUAUCGCAACUUUGUGGAGAACUAUAGCAUAGUUGCCACCCCUUUGACUGAUCUGACCCGCCUUGACACCCCAUGGGAGUGGACUGAGAGAUGCGAGGCUGCUUUCAGACAUCUGAAGCAUGCGUUGACGCAUUACGAAGUCUUAAAACUUCAUGAUCCUGACAAGGCCUUUAUAGUGACUACGAAUGCUAGCCAAUAUGGCACAGGCGUCGUGCUUGCACAACAGGAGGGGAAAAAGUUUUGGCCUGUAGAGUACAUGUCCAAAAAGAUGCCCUCUCAGAAGUUGGCUAAGUCCAGCUAUGAGAAGGAACUCUAUGCGGUUAAGGCUCUGACCCAUUGGAGACAUUAUCACCUUGGGAGGUUCUUCAUCCUCAGGACUGAUCAUCAGACUCUGAGAUGGAUGAGAACUCAGCCUAUACUCUCUAACGCCCUCAAGCGUUGGAUCGAAGUCAUAGAGCAGUAUGACUCCGAGCCCCAGUACAUCAAGGGCGAGUACAACAAUUUUGCUGAUGCCUUGUCGCGUAGGCCUGCUUUCUCAGGUACGCUGAUUACUGAGUUUGGGCUUGAGGACAGUGUUACUCAGUCUUUGGCGGAAGCCUAUCGCGAGGACCAGUUCAUGUUUGAGAUCAUACGCAGACUUCAGGCGAAGGACAAGAAGACCUCUGCCAAGUUUGAAUUGCUGUACGUGGAGACUUGUCAAGUCUGUCAGAGGGACAAGCCUCGUACGCAGGCUCCUCUUGGGCUUCUGAAGCCCCUUCCGAUUCCGGAAUGGCCUGGCGAGAGUUUGUCCAUGGACUUCAUGGAUACUCUAGUCACCAGCAAGAGUGGGAUGCGACACAUUUUCGUCAUCGUGGAUAGAUUUAGUAAGUACUCUAGGUUAGUAGCAAUGCUGGAAACAGUAAGAACGAAGUAUGUGAUCCGAAUGUUCAAAGAGAACUGGGUUAGAGACUUUGGUUUACCGAAGUCUAUUAUUAGUGACAAAGAUGUCCGAUUUGCCAGCAAACUGUGGAAGGCCGCUGUUGCAGAGCAGGGAACCCACUUGCAAAUGACUUAUGGGAACCACCCAGAGGCCAACGGCCAGGCCGAGCAACUGAACCGCGUUGUACAACAUCUGUUGAGGCAUUACAUCAAGCCCGACCAGGUGGACUGGGAUGAGAAGCUUGCUCUCAUCGCCAGUUUGUACGACAAUGCGGUACACAGCGCCACCGGGGAUGUUGUAGAACAAAUGCAAAAGGCACAGGCGGCUAUGAUAGAAUCUGCGAACAAACACCGUCGUGAGUCUUCAUUUCAGGUUGGGGAUAGAGUCUAGGUUAAGUCCUCAGAACUGGGACAGGAGCACGGGAUCUCCUACAAGCUCAUGCCACCGUACUUUGGACCAUGGGAUGUCUUAGAUAUUGUUGGGACUGAUCCGCACGGACCUUCUUACAUAAUCUGGAUCCCUGGUCAUCUCCGCACUUACCCUGUCUUUCACGGCUCCAAGCUUGCACCUUUCAAGGAAACAAAUCAGUUUCCAUCUC